AUGUGUUCAUGUAAAUAAAAAAUUGCUAUUAGCGUACGGAAAUACCCAAAAUGUCGUACGUUUUGGGUGUUGUAAAAGACCCCGAAACUUUUAUAUAAAACGAUAGUUAUCACAUAUCAGGCAACACGUGUUAUCUCUCCCUGUGACGUAAGACAACCUUGUCGCAUGCUCCGUCAACAACCAAUCCUGCGCAAUAAAAACGCAUAAAAAUAUAAAAGCGUUCAAAAACAAUUAGGAUUUUCUCAUUUCCCUUUUACUUUAGUUUCGUUUGUAAAUAAGAUUGAAAGUCACUAUUGUGUAGUGUAAUGAGCGAUUUCAAGCAAGGCUGUUCUCCUUGACGUCGUUCUCCAUCACGUUUCUUUGACGUACAGCGACGUUUCUUCGUGAUCUCCCGACGGCUAAUCCUGGGCAGUGCGCAACAAAAACGCAUGCGGAUAAAUGUAUAAAGGUUUAAACACGCAGCACUGAGGAUCUUCUUAUUUUACUUUGACUUUAUUGUUGUUUGUAAUAAAUAAUAAUAAAAAAACACUUUUUCAUAGUGUAAUAAGGCAUGUCAAUAUUCAUAGCUGAGACUGUCCGCAUCGAGUUGUCGUCAGUGCUGCCGCUUCUCCCAGCACUAGCUACCGCUGCUCGGCAGCUUCUUGACUUCAUUCCGCGGGCUUGAUGUGGAAAUAAUAAACAUUCUGUAAUGGAAGGCAGUACGAGAGGAUUUUAUUUCAACACGGUUCUGUCGCUGGCCCGCUCGCUAGCUGCCCACCGUCCUGCCCCGGCAGAGAAAGUCCAGAAGCUACAAUGCAUGUGUCCAGUGGAAGUCCGUGGUGUGUUCACUUUAGAUGUGCGUCGCAGAGAUGCAGUUAUCGCUCUCGCUGUGUUUCUGGUAGAGUCUGGCUUGCAGCACAAAGACACACUUGUUCCCUACUUGCUGAGCCUUCUGAGAGGGCUGCCACGGGUUCAGUGGAUUGAAGAAGGGUUGGGUAAGAAAGGAAAAGAAUUUCUUCCAGUUGCAGAAAACUUCAGCUUCUGUCUUGUAACACUUUUGUCUGAUGUGGCUCAGAGAGAUCCAGGCUCUCGACUAGAGAUUUUGAACACCAUACUGGAGGUUACGCAAACAUUACAAGAGAUUUGUCAAACACCUGAUAAUCAUGACAAACUCUUCCUGUGCAGGUACGUUGUCCCCAGUCUGCUCGGCAUGACUCGAGCGUUUGGCCGCUACAGCAACACGGAGGAAGCCCUGCUGUCCAAGCUGUUCCCCAAGGAUUUGCCUCAGUCCCGCUGCAUGGCGGAGGAAAACGAGGGRGUUCGACGCCGAUCCUUCAACGACUUCCGUUCCAUCCUGCCGUCCUCGCUGCUCACCGUGUGCCAGAGCGACACGCUGCGCAGGCGCACCCCGGCCCACCUGGACACCCCUUCGCAGGUCUCCACAGAUCCAGCAGGCCACUCGCCCUGCUCUCCCACAACACCGGGUCCGCAUUACUUUGAAGGUGCUUAUCUUCCAGACAGCAGCACGGUAGACCCCGACUACUAUUUCUCCACAGUCAGCUCCAGUUUCUCAGUAUCUCCUCUGUUCAUGGGAGCUGGUGAAAACGAGGUGGAGGUGCCCGUCGAUCUGCUCCGACAGCUGCUUGGCAUGGUGAAAAACUUUGUGUCCGACCCCUUUUUGAAAACUCUGGACACCACAGUGACAGAACUUACAGAGUCUAAUCCUGGAGUCAGCCUCUAUUACAAAACCUUCAGCGACCCCCUCUAUGUGUGUGUGUUCAAAAUGCUGCGGGACACACUGUACAACAUGAAAGCUGUGCAGCCAGCAUUUGUGCGAGAAGUUCACGACUUCGUCCUGGAGCAGUUCAGCAGCAGCCAGUCAGAGCUGCAGCGGGUGCUGCAUGACACGGGGACGCUGACGGGCGACCUGAGCCCCCUCAAGCUUCGCUGUCAAGCCAACGCCGCCUGCGUGGACCUCAUGGUGUGGGCCGUCAAAGAUGAGCAAGGAGCUGAGAAUUUGUGCACAAAACUGUCUGAGAAGCUUCAGUCAAAAACCUCCAGUAAAGUCAUCAUUGCUCACAUGCCGCUGCUGAUUUGUUGCCUACAGGGUCUGGGUCGUCUCUGUGAGAGGUUUCCAGUUGUUGCUCACUCUGCUACAACUUCUCUCAGGGAUUUUUUGGUGGUUCCAUCCCCAGUUCUUAUAAAACUCUACAAAUAUCACAGCCAGUACAGCACAGGCACAGGAGAAAUCCGGAUAAAUGUGACAAACGAGCAUUCUCAGUCAACUAUCAAUGUGCUGGCCAACAAGCGGGACCAGCCCUCCAUGUACGAGCAGCUCAGAGACAUUUCUAUUGACAACAUCUGCAGAUGCCUGAAAGCCGGUUUGACGAUGGACCAAGUGAUUGUUGAGGCUUUUUUAGCCAGUCUGUCCAACCGUCUGUACAUUUCACAGGAGAAUGAGAAGGAUGCUCAUCUGAUUCCAGAUCACAACAUCCGAGCGCUGGGUCAUAUCGCAGUGGCUUUGAGGGACACUCCCAAAGUCAUGGAGCACAUUUUACAAAUCCUCCAGCAGAAGUUCUGCCAGCCUCCGUCGCAGCUGGAUGUGCUCAUUGUGGACCAGCUGGGCUGUAUGGUCAUUACAGGAAACCAAUACAUCUACCAGGAGGUGUGGAAUCUGUUUCAGCAAAUCAGCGUGAAAGCCAGUUCUGUUGUCUACUCUGCCACCAAAGACUACAGAGAUCAUGGUUACAGGUCAGCUUCUGCUAUAAGAUCAGAGUUUGGUUGUUAUGAUUUGUGUAACGGAGCGUUUUUUGCCUUAUAUUUGUCAUGGUUUUCCCACUKGCAGUUGACCAGGCGACUUCCACCAAUCAAAGAGGCCAAGCCUCGUCUCCAGAAGCUGUUCAGGGACUUCUGGUUGUACUCUGUGGUCAUGGGCUUUGCUGUGGAAGGAUCAGGGCUUUGGCCAGAGGAGUGGUAUGAAGGUGUGUGUGAGAUCGCCACCAAGUCUCCCCUCCUCACCUUUCCCAGUGGAGAACCUCUUCGUUCUGAACUGCAGUACAACUCGGCUCUGAAAAAUGACACUGUGACAGCGGCUGAGCUGAGCGAACUGCGGUUAACCAUCAGUAACCUCCUUGAUCCUCCUCCUGAAGGAUCUGCCCUCAUUAAUAAGCUGGACUUCGCCAUGUCCACGUACCUGCUCUCAGUCUACCGAUUAGAAUAUAUGAGGAUGCUGCGAUCCAAUGAUGCUGAUCGAUUUCAAGUCAUGUUUCGGUACUAUGAAGACAAGGCAAUCCAAAAAGAUAAAUCAGGCAUGCUACAGUGCAUUAUUUGUGUUGGUGAUAAAGUUUUUGAUGUCUUCCUCCAGAUGAUGGCUGAGAAGCCCAAAACUAAAGAACAUGAGGAAGAACUUGAGCGCCACGCUCAGUUCUUAUUGGUCAACUUUAACCACACCCACAAGAGGAUCCGCAGAGUGGCCGACAAAUACCUCUCUGGUUUGGCCGAGACAUUCCCCCAUCUUCUGUGGAGUGGUCGAGUCUUGAAGACCAUGCUAGAUAUUUUGCAAACACUCUCACUGUCUCUAAGUGCUGACAUUCACAAAGAUCAGCCGUACUACGACAUUCCUGAUACUCCUUACCGAAUCACUGCUCCUGAUACUUAUGAAGCUCGAGAGAGCAUAGUAAAGGACUUUGCAGCUCGCUGUGGUGAGAUAUUAAAAGAAGCAAUGAAAUGGGCCCCUUCUGUAACAAAGUCCCACCUACAGGAGUACCUGAACAAGCAUCAGAUCUGGGUGUCGGGCCUGUCCCAGCACACGGGGCUGGCCAUGGCCACAGAGAGCAUCCUGCACUUCGCUGGCUACAACAGACAGAGCACUACACUGGGCACCACUCAGCUGACAGAGAGACCAGCAUGUGUGAAGAAGGACUACUCCAACUUUAUGGCUUCACUCAACCUACGAAACCGUUACACAGGAGAGAUCCCCAGGACAUGUCGGUGAACAGCCUGUCCGUGAUGGCGGUGGCAGACAGCCGCAGCAGCCUGGACGUGGCUGUAGGCCAGCGGCAGCAGAUUCCUCAGGGAUGGAUCAACACUUACCCUCUCUCCUCUGGGAUGUCCACCCUUUCCAAGAAGUCAGGGCUUUCUAAGAAAAGCAACCGAGGCUCCCAGCUGCACAAAUAUUACAUGAAACGCAGGACUCUCUUACUGGCUUUACUGGCCAGUGAGAUUGAGCGGCUGACCAUAUGGUACAACCCGUUAUCCACCCAGGAGCUAGCUAUCACGACAGAGCAGUCGGUGGAGACCAGUAUAGCUAACUGGAGGUCCAAAUACAUCAGCCUGACAGAAAAACAGUGGAAAGACAAUGUCAACCUGGCGUGGAGCAUAGCUCCUUACCUCGCCCUGCAGCUGCCUGCCAGAUUCAAAAACACAGAGUCCAUUGUUUCUGAGGUGACACGUCUGGUGCGAAUGGAUCCAGCAGCUGUGUGUGACGUUCCUGAGGCAGUCAAGUUCUUGGUAACGUGGCACACAAUUGAUGCCGACUCCCCAGAACUGAGCCACAUCCUGUGCUGGGCCCCAGCAGACCCUCCGACUGGACUGUCCUACUUCUCCUCCAUGUACCCCCCUCACCCCCUCACAGCCCAGUACGGGGUCAAAGUGCUGCGCUCCUUUCCUCCUGAUGCCAUUUUAUUUUACAUUCCUCAAAUCGUCCAAGCUCUUCGGUACGACAAGAUGGGUUAUGUCAGAGAGUACAUCUUGUGGGCCGCUCAGAAGUCUCAACUUCUGGCUCACCAGUUCAUCUGGAACAUGAAGACCAACAUUUUCUUGGAUGAAGAAGGACACAACAAGGACCCUGAUAUUGGCGAGCUGCUAGAACAGAUGGUGGAGGAGAUCACUGGCUCCCUGUCGGGUCCGGCUAAAGACUUUUACCAGAGAGAGUUCGACUUCUUCAACAAGAUUACCAAUGUGUCUGCCACUAUCAAGCCUUUCCCAAAAGGGGAGGAGAGGAAGAAGGCCUGCCUGGAGGCCCUGUCGCAGAUUAAAGUCCAGCGUGGCUGUUACCUUCCCAGUAACCCAGAGGCCAUAGUUUUAGAUAUAGACUAUAAGUCUGGAACUCCCAUGCAGAGUGCUGCUAAAGCUCCAUACCUCGCCAAGUUCAAAGUUAAGAGAUGUGGAGUCAGUGAGCUUGAAAAAGAAGGCCUUCAGUCCCGCUCAGAUUCUGUAGAUGAGGUGAAAAAUGAAGAAGAGGCCAGGAGAGUCUGCUGGCAAGCCGCCAUCUUUAAAGUUGGAGACGACUGUAGACAGGACAUGUUGGCUCUUCAGAUCAUCAGCUUGUUUAAGAACAUCUUCCAGAUGGUGGGCCUGGAUCUCUAUGUGUUUCCUUACAGAGUUGUGGCCACGGCUCCUGGAUGUGGAGUGAUUGAGUGCAUCCCAGACUGCAAGUCUCGAGACCAGCUGGGCCGACAGACGGACUUUGGCAUGUACGACUACUUCAGGAACCAAUACGGAGAUGAAUCCACGCUCGCGUUUCAGAAAGCUCGGUACAACUUCAUCCGCAGCAUGGCAGCUUACAGCCUGCUGCUCUUCCUGCUGCAGAUAAAAGACAGACACAAUGGAAACAUCAUGCUGGACAGUCAGGGUCACCUCAUCCACAUCGAUUUUGGGUUCAUGUUUGAAAGUUCUCCCGGCGGGAACCUCGGCUGGGAGCCAGAUAUCAAACUCACCGACGAGAUGGUGAUGAUCAUGGGUGGAAAGAUGGAGGCGACACCGUUCAAGUGGUUCAUGGAGAUGUGUGUGAGAGGAUACCUGGCUGUGAGGCCCUACAUGGAUGCUGUGGUCUCUUUAGUGAACCUGAUGUUGGACACCGGUCUUCCCUGCUUCAGAGGACAGACCAUCAAACUACUCAAGCAGCGGUUCAACCCAGGUUUGAGUGAAAAAGAUGCAGCUUCCUUCAUCAUUAAAGUUAUCCAGAAUUGUUUCCUCAGCAACAGGAGUCGGACGUACGACAUGAUCCAGUAUUACCAAAACCAGAUCCCAUACUAAGAGUUUGUGCCUGAGCAUGUGCACAUACUGGCUGGUACAUGAUUUGUGCACGUGUGCCUUUGUCGAAUUCCCAACUAAAGAAGUUUCUGCUAAUUGUAUAAUUAUUUUUGUGCGUUUGCUUUAGCUUUCCUUAUUUAUUAAGUUGAAACAGCGUUAUUGUCAAUGAUUUGAACCAUUGCACUAGCAUCUUGACUUCUGUGGACUUAGAGUGAUGCCUCCUGGUAAUUUGCACGCUCAGUAAAUAGUGUAUCCGAGUUUGUGACGAUCCUUCUUAGUAAUACUUGUGAAUGUGGGUUCUGGGGUGUUAGAAGAUUAAAUGUAAAGUAGCUAUAAAUAUACUGGUUUCUGUUCUGACCACCGUGGCCUAUUGUCAUCCUGUACUGGGCUGUAUCCCUGUGCUUCUCUCUUUAAAACAAACCAGUCGGAGUUCUUUGAUCCGUGCCAUUGAUCUCCGUCUGUAUUUAACAGUGAGACUCGACUGUAUAGAAUUAAGUUACACUGUGUGUUCCUUUUUGAGGCUUUCAUUUCCACUUUCAUCAGGAGAAUAGAUGUGCACCACUUCUAGAAAACACCAGGACUGAGUUUUGUAUAAUUAGCAGUGCCAAAGGGGGGGAGGGAAGAUAAUUCAAUUCAGUUCAAAUUCAAAAAUACUUUAUUGAUCCCAGAGGGAAAUUUGGUGCACUUAAAAUAAGCCCCACCCCCCAACAGUCUGUGUAUAAGAGUAAGUUUAAAAUGUCAGGCCGUUGCAUGAAGUUAAAUGUUAACCAUCAUGUAAAGUUUGUGUUUAAUGUAGCUUUUGGUGAGAUUUUAUUCCAGAGUGCUGUGCCCCACUGUCACCAUGUCGUCAUUGAUUGUUAAUCGUUGUAAAGAUUUUGCUUCUCUUUGUAAAUUUAUAUCCAUAAUCCAUCUUCUGUCUCCUUUUCUAUUUUCAUGCUUUUUGAAUGAAAAAGCAUCAGAUGAAAUCAAAUAAAGUUCUGUUAACUUAAAGAAA